ACAAAAGAGAGGAAAUCAACUCAGGCCCUUGAAAAAGAAAAAAAAGAAAGAAAGAAAGAAAGAAAGCUCCCUGCCACACUGGUCAGAAUAUGAAGAGCAAAAACAGGCCAACAGUCUAGCAAUACCGAAUUCUCAUCUUCACAUCUUUCCCAAUAGAGCAACUGUAUCAGGACAGCAAAAUGGCGACCAAAUUCACACCGAUCAACCAGCGCAAGAAGGCUGCAGAUAUCCGCCAUGUUCCUUCCGGAUUACCAGAUGUGUCGCCAGGCUCGCCGCCUAUGUCACCGCUUAGUCCGCCGCCGUCGUGGUUUAACGACGAGGACAUGGAAUGUCCUCACACUCCAAUCAGGACGCAAUCGGCUUCUCUGCUAGCGCCCUCUACCAGCUCACCCCUACGAUCGAAGAGUAACCACACCGAACGUUCCUCACCCUCGCCAUUGUUAGUGGGGCAAGGAUUGGCACCUUCAACGCUCCUGUUCCCACAUCUUCCAGCCCCCGCUCUUCAAAAGAAUGCCCGACCAACCGCUCGCAAGCGUGACUCUGAGGAACUCGGAACAGAAGAAGUAGAGCAUGGUCCAAAGGCUGCUCGCCGUAAAAGUCAAAAGACAUCCACACAAGACGAAGAAACCGCAUUGUUGACUCCAGUCAGCAACAUGAGCGAAAGCCCGCAACCCUCCGGCUUGUCAAAUACCGGCAGUGCUAUCCGAGCGACGAGAUAGCUUAUGUGAAGCACUGUCCUAUUUCAAGGCUUCCAAAGGUAGCCUUCAUUUCCGCAACGGCCUUGCUCGUGGCUCUCUAGUCGAUCUAAGAUGCAGUGUCAGGGACGUCCCUGGAGGUCAAUUUACUAUCUCAUGACUGUGAGUCUGCAAGAUAACGUGCAUCCAUCAAUUUCGUAUCACUACCCGAUUCUUUCAAAAGCUGCGAAGGCAGUGAGAGGGAUACUGUCACAAACAUGAGAUAUUCGACGCAAAAAAAAGAACAGCUCAGAAAAAAAGGAAAAAGAAUGGAACAAUGGUCACGCAGAAUCCCCAUUACCCGCACAGCCACAUUCUCGGUAGUUUACCAUUUGCCGAUUAUCGUACCGUAGUUGCGUCGCAUCGCCGUUGUCUUGGUGUAUACAUGUUCCUUAGUCCAGAGG